GAGCAGGCGUGCGCACACCGUGGCAACAUCAUUUUGUACUGCUGCACUCCGCACGGAUGGGCUCUCCGCAAAGAUAACAAUUCAAGCUGCGUUUUGAUGUUCCAAUCAACAGUAAACUUGAGGACUACUUGAAGAAUCUAAACCCCCUUUUUUUUGUGUGUGUGUAUUUUCAAAAGUGGUGUUUCUGCAUGCAGGCAGGAUGUUAUAAUCCAGAGUGACAGAGAGAGAAAGCUCGGACAUCAUGGACUCGUGGAUCUUUCCGUCGUCCCCUCCGAACAUGUCGGAUCACCUCAUGUACGACAGCUUCCUGCCGGCCAACGAGUCCGACCCGCAGAGGAACGACACGGACCAGAGCUUCAACCGGACCAGCACGGUGGUCAUCACCUGCAUGUACUUCUUGGUGUGCGCCAUGGGCCUGUGCGGCAACGCGCUGGUCAUCUACGUCAUCCUGCGCUACGCCAAGAUGAAGACAGUCACCAACAUCUACAUCCUCAACUUGGCGGUGGCCGACGUCCUCUUCAUGCUGGGCCUGCCGUUCAUCGCCAUCCAGUUGGCGCUGGUCCACUGGCCGUUCGGCCCGGUGCUGUGCAGGGUGGUGAUGACCGUCGACUCGCUCAACCAGUUCACCUCCAUCUUCUGCCUGAUGGUGAUGAGCAUCGACCGCUACCUGGCCGUGGUGCAUCCCAUCAGGUCCACCAAGUGGCGCAAGCCCCGCAUGGCGAAGACCAUCAACCUGACGGUGUGGGGGGUGUCUCUGCUGGUUAACCUGCCCAUCGUCAUCUACAGCGGCGUCAUCACCAAACCCGACGGCUGCUUCUGCACCAUCGUCUGGCCCGAGCCCCAGGAAGCCUACUACACCGCCUUCAUGUUCUACACCUUCAUCCUGGGCUUCUUCCUGCCCCUCCUGGUCAUCUGCCUCUGCUACCUCUUCAUCAUCAUCAAGGUGAAGUCGUCGGGAAUCCGCGUCAGCUCCUCCUCCAAAAGACGGCGCUCGGAGCGGAAAGUCACCCGCAUGGUGUCCAUCGUGGUGGCCGUUUUCGUCUUCUGCUGGCUGCCCUUCUACGUCUUCAACGUGACCUCGGUGACGGGCACCAUCAGCACCACCCCCGUGCUGCGCAGCACCUUCGCCUUCGUGGUGGUGCUGGGCUACGCCAACAGCUGCGCCAACCCCAUCCUGUACGCCUUCUUGUCGGAGAACUUCAAGAAGAGCUUCCAGAACGUCCUGUGCCUCAAGAAGGUGGGCGGUCUGGACGAGGCGGAACGCAGCGACAGUCGACAGGACAAGUCCCGCAUGAUGGCGGACCCCACGGAAACACAAAGUACUCUCCUGAACGGGGACCUGCAGACCAGCAUCUGACUGAGCAGAUCUCUUCUGGUGCGCCUAUCAAUCUAACUAUUGAGCUGGAAAUGACAAAAAGUAAACAAAGAUACUAAAGUAUUGCACUCUACAGUCUCCUCUAAGAACUCCUUCCAUUGUUCGCAUGUCUCCUUACGGCCGACUUCCAUUUUCCCAAGGUACUUUUGAAGGAAGAGUGGAAAGGGGAGUACCCGGGUUGUUUUUCCUAGUUGGCGGAUGCAAACCGACUCCAUGCCAAUGUUUGCUCAAAGGCUAUUAAUAACAUCUGGACUGUUGGCCUGGAGCGUAUUGACAUGAGAAAAGAAUGAACUCACACUUCCUUGGAGCUACUGGAGUAUUUGUUUUAGGUCACGUUACCAUAGUUGUGACUUAACAGGACUUAAAAAAACUCAAAUUUCCAAAGUCCGACCUCUUUUAUAUGUAAACUUCUGCAUCCUGGCCUACUGUACGGAGCAUAAUACAUGUUAGUGUUAUUUAUUUAUGUGUUUGUACAUAGAGACACAAGUAUUCACAGAGCUUCACUUUUUUCCACAUUUUGUCAUAUUACAGACUUAUUCCAUCCAUCCAUCUUCUUCCGCUUAUCCGAGGUCGGGUCGCGGGGGCAGCAGCCUAAGCAGGGAAGCCCAGACUUCCCUCUCCCCAGCCACUUCGUCCAGAUUCUCCCGGGGGAUCCCGAGGC